UCUCUCUCUCUCUCUCUGCUGCAAACUGCGUCAUACGGAGAUGGAAGAAGAUGCGGAGAUCGAGACGAGCGCGGACUCCAUGGACGCCUCCCUCGUCUUCCACCUCGUCAGCGACAUCCUCGGCUUCGCCCUCUACAUGCACCGGCAGAUCCCCUCGAUUUUGCAGGAUAUGAGUCUUGAAUUCGAUUCGAUGCGUGGCGAAUACGAGGAGAUGGAGGCCGAGCUGGCGCGGGGCGAAAUGAGGGCGUCUUUGAGGAGGAAGCAUAGUGGAAGGAUGAGAGAGCUUAAGCGGGGAUUUAGGAGUUCGGAGAAGCUGAUGAGCACCAUCUCCGGUCUCCAAGAUGCCUUGCGGCUCGUGGUCAGUGAGAACCCGCGCAUCCGGGAAAUUCUUCUGAUUCUCGGAGGUAGUCCGUUGAGGCCUCGGUAUGUCUACCGAUUGUGCUUUUCGCAUGGGAAGAUGGUAUCAAGAGAUGCAAGUGAUUUCGCAAAGAACAGGGCGGCGGAAGUGCUUUCGAGAAAGGCUAUUCGGGCAUUGAUCUCUAGAGGUGCAGGGUCUGGUGGCUAUCCAGGUCCAACCAAGUUGUUUCUCUUGGUCAAAGCUCCAACUUCUUUUAAUCAACCUCUAUAUUUUCUUCCAAAACGUGACUUCAGAUACAACAAGAAGAUUGUACCAUUUUGCCUACGAGUUAAGUGCAAAGGCCAGCAUCAGGAGAAAACUGAGAUUAAUCAAGAUCCUCAGACAGGCAUGAGUGUUAGCUUGAAAGAUUGCGGGUCUGAUGAUUUGAUUUGCAGGUUCCAAUGCCGGCAUGUUAUAAAGGGUCUCGCGUCCACAGUACCAUCAGCAGAAGAAUGAUACAACUUCUAUUGAGAAAUGUUGUCCAUACCUGUCAGUUUUUCUUCAGGGCUUCUUUAGUAAGCCUAUUUUUCCUUGAUGAUUGUCAUGACCCAUAUCUGGUAUUAAUUACUUCUACACCCAUCUUUGGUACCUGUAAUUGAUCUGGCUUGGCAUGAUAUUGAGUUCUUCCUCUUUUUUGGUUUAUUGCCUAGUAGAUUUUUUGUACAAAUCCUCAUCUUCGGUGUUAAGUUUCACCCUGAAUUUUAGUUCUU